AUGGCGUUAAAAUCCUCACCGGUUUUAUUGGGGCUCCUGUCGCGGAUAACCCGUCGAUCUUUUUCAACUUCAAAAGCUUUAGCAUCAAAGCCUGUUACUGUGCGAGAUGCCUUGAACCAAGCUAUAGAUGAGGAAAUGGAAAGAGACGAAAAGGUGUUUGUUUUGGGUGAAGAAGUAGCUCAAUAUGAUGGUGCAUACAAAAUUACCAGGGGACUCUGGAAGAAAUAUGGAGACAGAAGAGUAAUAGACACACCCAUCACAGAAAUCGGUUUUGCGGGUAUAGCUGCAGGAGCAGCUUUUGCUGGACUCAGGCCUAUUUGUGAAUUUAUGACAUUCAACUUCUCUAUGCAGGCCAUAGAUCAUAUAAUAAACUCAGCAGCCAAAACAUUCUACAUGUCAGCCGGAACGGUCCCAGUGCCAAUAGUGUUCCGAGGCCCCAACGGCGCGGCGGCGGGCGUCGCGGCGCAGCACUCGCAGUGCUUCGGCGCCUGGUACAGCCACUGUCCGGGGCUGAAGGUGCUCAUGCCGUACUCCUCGGAGGAUGCUAAGGGUCUUCUAAAAGCUGCAAUCCGUGACCAAGACCCAGUGGUGUUUUUGGAAGAUGAAAUUUUGUAUGGUAUACCAUUCCCUAUGUCUGAUGAGGCUCUGUCGCCUGACUUUGUACUGCCUAUUGGUAAAGCGAAAGUAGAGAGAUCGGGAGAGCACAUCACGCUGGUGUGCGCCGGCAGGGCCACGGACACGGCGCUGCAGGCGGCCGGCGAGCUCGCGGGGAAAGGCAUCGAAUGCGAAGUGAUCAACCUGCGGUCGCUGCGGCCGCUGGACUUCGACACCAUCGCGCGCUCCCUCGCCAAGACGCACCACCUCGUCACCGUGGAGCAGGGCUGGCCCCAGUCCGGCAUCGGCGCGGAGAUCUGCGCGCGCGUGAUGGAGUCGCCGGCGUUCUUCGAGCUGGACGCGCCGGCGUGGCGCGUGACCGGCGCCGACGUGCCCAUGCCCUACGCGCGCGCGCUCGAGGCCCUCGCGCUGCCGCGCGCGCCCGACGUGGUCGCCGCCGCCCUCGCCGUGCUCGGCAACAGGAUCGCUCAAGCAUCAAAU